GGAGCCCGUUCAUCGGCAGGCCGCCAGCUCCUCGGGGGAGUGACUACAGUCACCGGGGUCUAUAUAUUCACAUGUUUUGUCCGGUGGCUUUAUGUGAAUUAGCGAGAAGCUGCAGUGCAAAGUCACCGCGGCAGGACUGCGCGCUUCCUCACUUUUGACACCCGCGCGCACGCUCCCAACAAGACGCCGCAAUGGAUUCCCGUCUCGGCGCACUUUGCAUGACUUUUCUCCUGGCGUCGUCGGGUGCCGUGGGACCGGUCAUCCGAUGCGAGCCGUGUGAGCUCGCGGCGCGCCUUUCGUGCAAACCUCUGCCCAGGGACUGCGCCGAGAGGGUCCGCGAACCGGGCUGCGGCUGCUGCAUGACGUGCGCGCUGAGCGCCGGCCUCGCGUGCGGCGUGUACUCCGGGAGAUGCGGCUCCGGGCUCACGUGUCAGCAUCAGCCCGGGGAGACCAAACCUCUGCAGGCGCUGCUGGAGGGGCGCGGGAUUUGCGCAAACGCCACGAACAAACGAGCCCACGGCAGACCAACGCCUGCGGCCAAUGACCUGCCAGCAGAGAAUAUUGAGACUCGGGACGAAGAGCGAAAUUCCACCGGGUCAGGCCUCCAGACCUUGUACACCACCCACAGACCCACGAGACCCCCGAGACCUCCGCCUCACCCUUUCUUCCCCUCUGCCAAGUCCGAAGUCCUCCGGCGGGAGCAGCGGAAGAGAAUCCGCAUCUUUAAAAUGGAGGAGCUCCCGGGAUCCCUCAUCACGGACCAACAAAACUUCUCUCUAGAGACCAAACAUGAGCCAGAGUAUGGUCCCUGUCGGAGGGAGAUUGAGAGCAUUCUCAGCAGCCUCAAGAUUACAGACAUUCUCAACCCCAGAGGUUUCCGCAUACCAAACUGUGACAAGAAGGGCUUCUAUAAGAAAAAACAGUGCCGUCCGUCCAAAGGCAGAAAGCGUGGCUUCUGUUGGUGCGUGGACAAAUACGGGCAGCCCUUGCCAGGUUUCGAUAAGAAGGAGCGAGGAGACGCCCAGUACUACAACUCCGAGAGCCAAUAG